AGUAUUUACUGUAUCUUCGACCACCUCUUCCACUCAACGGAUUGUUUAAGUCUACUAAGCUUUCUAUUAUAUCCCCGUUUUUCUCAAGAUGUCAGCCGCCAGUGAAGCGGGAACCGGCUCAGCAAGUAAGACAAAAGCAAAAGAGAAGGAGAAGGAGCGUAAACAGCGUUCUUCGACUAAGGCGCAGGCCGAACCUCGCCUAAAGACCGUAGUCCGCCGGUUGCCACCGAACUUACCUGAAGACGUAUUCUGGCAGAGUGUACAACCUUGGAUAACUGAGGAAACUGUGACUUGGAAAGUGUAUUAUCAAGGAAAGUUCAGAAAGCGGUCAGUACACAAUCAUAGUAUAACAUGCCUUGCCUCUGGGGUAGACCUAAACUUAGAGCAUGAAAACAGAUUGAACAAGGAAAACAUACCGUCGCGUGCAUAUAUCGCAUUCAAGGACGAGGACACACUCGCCACCUUCAGUAAGGAGUAUGAUGGACAUCUCUUUCGUGACAAAGCUGGAAAUGAAUCCAUUGCGAUCGUGGAGUUUGCGCCAUUUCAGAAGGUGCCGAGCGAUAAGAAGAAGCUAGACAGCAGGAUUGGAACAAUUGAGAAGGGUAAGUUCUGCGACUCUCCAUAUGCUGCGUUCUCAAUCUCUGCAGAUGAAGAUUACAUCUCAUUUGUCGAGUCGUUGAAGGAUAGCUCAAGCAAACCUUUCGAUCUUGACAGUCUUGAGACUCUAGUUAUCGCGGCUCAACCUCCGCCCCUUCCAACCACCACACCUCUCCUCGAAGCCUUGAAAGCAGAGAAGACUGCUCAGAAAGAUAAGGAAGCUAUUAUCCGUAGUCACUCGCAUUACAAGGAUCAUCCAAUAAUUGCCGCACCACUCAAGAAAGACGACUCUAAGAAGAAGGCACCUUCCGCACCUGCGGCCGCUGCCAAAUCUACAGAUCAACAACAAUCCCUUGGAAAGAAGGCUGCAAAGAAAGCGGCUGCUGCUGCCAAGGCGGCUGCUCAACAAGAGAGCGCAGCACCAAAUGUUCCUGGGGGGAAGAACGUCCCUCAGCCAACGGCGCCGGCGAAGCCACCAACACCCAAGAAGGCUCAACGUCAACAAGGGAAACUUCCCAUUUCCCAACCUCCGGCACCAACUGAGAUCCUUCCUUCAACUUCUCAACCACCCUCAUCUACUAAUGCACCGGCUCAACCACCAGCUGCCGCUCCGCGACGCACUCGACCCGUCAUUGGACUCGCUUCUAGGCAAUUCGAAGCCGCUUUGAACGGGGCAGGCGUGGCGUUGGCGAAACGCCGUGAGCGCGAGAAGGAGGCGUCGCCCUCCACUCCUGUACAAGCCAAUGCAAAGGCUAUCAUGAAGGAUGAUACGCCUGCAUCUAUUCCACAACCCGCUCCUCCAAUGAUCCUUCAGCGCGAUGGUCAGGCGCCUGCACAGAUAAAUUUACCUCGCACGUCUGAGGGACCUUCUCGCGAAGAGGCUGGACGUGGCAGAGGCAGAGGUCGGGGCAGAGGCCGCGGUCGCGGUGGUUGAAUGAUUUGGCUAGGCCUGUGGGUUUUUCUUGAUUUGUAUGCUACCUCUGCACGCAGGCUGAUUUUUGUUUUCCAUUUCAAUAGCUAAAUGCAAGAACUAUACAUUCUAGGAUCUCAAGCUUAGUAUCGAACAAGCAUCAGACUCGUUAAUCAACUCCGGUGUGCUAGUCCUCGUCGUGGGCGCGCACGAAGAGCGAGCAAAAAUGACACGCUUGCUUUUGGAAUUAUGUUUUGUCCGUCGUAUCAAACAGUGGUCGCGAAGGCUAUGGCUGUAUGGCAUGACUAUGACAUUGCAGGAUGUCGCACUUGAUAGCUUACCAACUGGAUAGGUACAAGUUUGUAGCUCAUUCUAUGAUUCUGGCUCAUAGCGUACCUCAUGGUUUUGUGCCGUAUCCCACUCUUCUAGGGUACCUAAAUGGCUUUGCAGUCCAGUGACACCUUGAUGUACAGUAGUCUACUUGAGUAGUUAGAACUCGUUCAACCCAGUUUAUGUUACGAUGUCGAAUUCAAAUUCAACGAGCGCCUUCCAGUGUG